UCCGUCAAAAUCUGAAAUAGAGAUGAAGAGAUAAUGUGCUAUGGCGGCAGCUGAAGAACGAAGAGAGUCGAGAAGAAACGAUCGGCGCGCGUGUGUAUGUGUGUGUGUAUGUCACGUGUGUCCGCACCACACACAGUGCGGCACAGUGAACCGCACACCGCCGAUCUCUUGAGGAAGGUGGGGUGAUUCGCGGCGGUGCGCGCACCGCACUCCGGCCAGGCCGCGCGCUAGACGCUGCCGCUGGUCGUGUACAACAGCCUUCGCAUUCUUCGGAGAAGUGAAAGCAGUUUCAGGGAAAUUCUGGUGGCGGCCGGGCGUUCGUUCGUUCGUUCGUCGCUCGUUAAAGCCGAGAGUUGGCCGUGCGACGUUUCUUUCACCUCCGCGACGCAGCGGAGAUCCGCGAUCCAGGCCGGAUUCCCAUUUUCCUUAUUAUCGGCGCACGGGAUCGGGCGUGCGCAUUACGAAAUCGCUCGUAAUCCCGCCCUAGGGAGACGCGCGCGCUUACGUAUGUAUACGAGCGCGAACAGAUGGCGAACUCGGACGCAAUCCCGUGGCCUACAGUGAGAUAAUGGACGAACGCCACGAGGCACCUACUACGUCGAGAACGUUGCGAAAUCGUCGUCGAGGAGGAAUAGAAGAGCGCCGCUCGUGAGUCAGAUUUCGUGGGUUCUAUUUUACCUAGGAAUGUCCCGGAUUCUUCUCGCUGAAUUGACUAUCGGGACGCAAAAUGGUAUCGAGGCGGAAGAUACUUUCGCGUUCGCGAGAUAAUCUCGUGGAGUCACAGUACGAGGAGCAAGAUGAGGAAGACGUAUGGUAUAAUUUGGAUAAAUUGUACAAGGAUCACAUACAAGAGGUUUUAGACAAAUGGAAUCAGAUAGACGAUGAAAUUUGGGCAAAAGUUAUCGUCUUCGAGAGAAAUAGACGGGUCGCGAAAGCGUAUGCUAGAGCGCCCGUCCUCACGAUAAACGGUUCGAAUGACGGAUUUGACGGAUUCAGGAUAGGGCUUUGCGGAUUUGACAAUCCCAUGCGGGACCCGAAAACGGAGGAGGCCAAGCGCCACAUAAACCAGGGGGUCAAAAUAAAGAUGGACGAGCAGGGCAACAUACUCAUUAAGAGAUUAUGUAAAAAUAACGUGUACGUGAAGUCGACGAAUCAGGAAGACAAUGCGAUCGGUCCGGAGAUCAUACGUAAUUCGGAGGGUGCCCUCGAGCACGAGAAACCCGGAAAGUUGUUCGACAUGAAUAAAUUCCAAACGAAUCUGUCACGAGAGACGCGAAGGGCCUACCCGGACAGACGGCGAUUGGAGAUGCAGUGCCUGAGCGCCAUCAUAUUCGUGAGAACGGAAGCCGACUUGCUUCAGUGUCCCGUAUGGGUGCUCAUCGUCAACGUGGUGGGACUGGAUAUGCUCAAGUCAAAGCUGCCACCAGUUUUAGCAUUACAGAGGCCGGUGGAUAUAAAGAAUAGGCCUAGAAUACCAAUUCCUGACGAGGAUCCUUACAGCGUGGCCGGUGUGUCGUCGUCCGUCGGGCCCAGCGAAAUAAUGGAUAGGGACUCGCGGGAACAGAUCUACAUGCAAUCGACGAGUUACCAGCAUCGACGGGCGGAGAGGCCGCCGAAAUUGCCGCCCAGAGAAAAUCUCUACGGCCACGGUAUCCCCAAGCCUGAUUACGACGAUAUAGAGGAUGAUUAUGGCAGGGCGAUGAGACAUCCUAUGAUGGAAGAGAAGCGGAGUAAACACGACGAUAGAAAAAAAUAUGACGAUCCGUAUUAUUGCGGCUUACGGGCACGCGUGCCUAAUUUCGUUAAAAUGGCGAGAAACGGUCACGGCAAGGUGGGUCCACCCCCACCUCGAGGACACUUGAGGACACAGCCGACGCCAUCUUAUAUGGGCGCCGCUUACGCUAGUAGUCAAUCCUCUCAGAUUUAUGGGCACCUGCCAGCCCAUCGACCACCCAUUAUGUAUCACGCCAGAAGUUUCGAGAGUGGACUUGAUUCGGACAACAGGAAUGAGUCACCGUAUAAUCACAUAUACGGAAGGUUACCGAUCCCGACGAGAGGCGUAAUACCUCCGACUCCGCGUGCUAUGUAUAUUGGAGAGUGGGAUUAGAUGUAAGAAUUAUCUCGACGUUUGUACUUAUAAACGCUCUCUGUAUAUUGUUAAUAUACCACAUAAAUACUCAUAUUUUUAUGCUAGCACCUGUAUUUUUAUUGUUCAACUCCUGGAAAUAAAAAUUAGGACUGGUGAUUUCCUCUGAAGGCUUCGACAUUCGAACUUUCGAAAUCUUCGA